UGUGCCGGACUGGACUGCUCUGGCGUUUGAAUAGAAACGACGUUUUCGUUUGGCAGCUGGAUGAUGCCAUGCCCUCCUCCAUCGUCAACGGUUUGAAGUUUUACGUCUUUGGUAGAUCUACAUUGUGGCCAUCGGUCGAUUCGUCGCCUGUCCACGUAUGCAUGUGCACCGCGAAGGAAUGAAGUGAACUGAAAGCCACCGUCCGCAGAGCCUUUCCGAGACAACAUUUUAAUUGGACUGAACUAGUGUCAAGUGUAUCCUGCAGCACAGGGAAGUAAAGUCAACGGUUCUAGCGUGUUCGUAGAAGUCACAGUGUUCUGUCUUUUGUGCGGACCAUUGCGAGGAUGGAUACGCGAUGUUGGAGUAAUGCAGUGGCAGUACUGGUGUUCCUAUCCUGCAUUGCUGGCAUUCUCCGGCAGUCACCCAGCUGGGCUGUACAUGCCAGCGAUAGUCGUGAAUCUGAAACAGCCCCGGCCCAGAGACAAUCACAGUCACAGGGAUGCAACGGAGACAGCACACCGACCAAGCCCAACUUCAUUCUCUUCUAUGUGGAUGACAUGGGGUAUGGAGACCUGGGCUGUUUCGGAGCACCGACAACGUCUACGCCAAACAUUGACAGGAUGGCAUUGGAAGGUGCUAGAUUGACACAGUUCUACACAGCGCAUUCGAUCUGCACACCGUCCCGCGCUGCACUAUUGACUGGACGAUUGCCAGUGCGCAGCGGCAUGUGCGGCAAUACAUAUGGAAGUGCGAACUCGUCUCAGCCAAUGGUGCUGUGGUGUGAUGCAGUGAACGGUCUACCUCUGGAUGAAAUCACUCUGGCCGAGUCACUGAAGACUAUGAACUACUCCACGAUGAUGAUAGGCAAAUGGCAUCUUGGCCAGCAAGUGAAGUACCAGCCAACCAGACAAGGUUUCGACCACUAUUUUGGACUACCGUACAGUGUGGACAUGGGAUUUGCCUAUGGAAAUGACACACAGGAGAGCUCGUUGAUUGAGAUAUGCUAUCCUGUGCCGCUGAUUCAAGACGAGAAGAUCAUCGAGCAGCCAGCUAACUACACCACACUGACACAGCGCUAUGUGGAGCAAGCUGAGCAGUAUAUAGCCAAUGCAAGCAAGUCCGGCAAGCCAUUCUUUCUCUACGUGCCGUUCUCACAUGUCCACCUUCCGCAAUUUGCUGCCAAGCCAGGAGUUAGCAAACGUGGCUAUUUCGGCGACAGCGUAAUGGAGGUGGAUGCUGCUGUGGGACGUGUCCUGGACAUGGUUAGAGCCUCUCCUGGCCUCUUGAAGAACACGUUUGUCUUCCUGACGUCUGACAAUGGAGCUCAGCCCGCCGAGGGUAGCAAAGUGAACACAGGUGACAAUGGGUUAUUUUCAGGAAGAAAAGGUCAGAUCUGGGAAGGUGGUCUGAGAGAGCCAGCCAUAGCAUGGUGGCCAGGUCGCAUUGCUCCAAGACAAGUCAUCAUGGACGUGGCUGUCACCACAGAUGUAUUUGCCACAUUUGUCGAGCUAGCCGGCGGAGAGAUACCUUCAGAUCGGGUCAUGGACUCCAUCUCAAUGUUGCCCAUGCUUAACAUCACGCACACUACUGGAGAUCAUCCAGCUUGCCAGUUUCAUACUCCGAGAGCACAGCAAUUCAGAAAUGUCUCUUUCUUUUACCAAGGCUGUGAGCUGUGGGCAGUACGCUUGGGACCAUGGAAAGCACAUUUCUUCACGGAUCCCAAACCAAUGUUUCCUCUGCCUAACACGGGAGAUGUCACGCAGGUAGAUAAGACAUCCUCUUUCUUGUUGGCCGACCAAUACGAAACUCGAUCUGUGGGUCGUACUCCGCAUAGUCCACCGCUGCUAUUUAACCUUGAAAAUGACCCAUCGGAAGACUACCCACUAGGUGGAUAUGAUGAUGUCAUCAAGCAAAUAGAAGCUGCUGUUACUGAUCACAAAUCUAAGCUGGUUCCUGGUAAGGCUCAGCUGCCAUUUCGUGAUCCAUCGACCAGACUGUGCUGUAGUCAAACUGUUGCUCCGCCAUGUUUCUGCAACACAUAUCCGUCAACUGAACAUUUGACUGGGUGGUAUAAUAAUAAUUUACAGCGGUUCAGGAGGAGUUUGGUGUGGCCCAACGGUCACCGCAGUCUGAAUAUGAUGGACUAUUUUAGAUUGACAAUUUUCAAGGCACUGCUGCUCGGAGCAGCAAUGCAGUGCAGUACAACUUCUUGGAGCGCACAGGCUAGUGCGUCGGAAGCGGGCCAGCCACCAGCAAGUAGUGUGAUUGCUGCUACAACCAAACCUAACUUCAUACUCUUUUAUGUGGACGACAUGGGAUAUGGAGACCUGGGCUGCUUUGGUGCGCCAACAACUUCCACGCCAAACAUUAACCGGAUGGCAUUGGAAGGCGCUAGAUUGACACAGUUCUACACAGCACACUCGAUCUGCACACCGUCCCGCGCUGCACUGCUGACUGGACGAUUGCCAGUGCGUAGCGGUAUGUGUGGCAAUACGUACGGCAGUAAGGACUCGUCUCAGCCAAUGGUUCUGUGGUGUGAUGCGGUGAACGGUCUACCUCUGAAUGAAAUCACUAUAGCUGAGUCACUCAAGACACUCAACUACUCCACGAUGAUGAUAGGCAAAUGGCAUCUUGGUCAGCAAGUGAAGUACCAGCCAACCAGACAAGGUUUCGACCACUAUUUUGGACUACCGUACAGCGUGGACAUGGGAUUUGCCUAUGGAAAUGACACACAGGAGAAGGAGUCUCAGGCAGAGGUCUGCCAUCCAGUGCCCAUAAUUCACGACGAGAAAAUCAUUGAGCAGCCUGCCAACUACACUACGCUGACACAGCGCUACGUGGAGCACGCCGAGGCAUUUAUUACGAAUGCAAGCUUAUCGGGCACGCCCUUCUUUCUCUACUUGCCAUUCUCCCAUGUUCAUGUUCCACAGUUUGCAGCAAACCCAGGAGUCAGCAAGCGUGGCGUAUUUGGUGACAGCGUAAUGGAGGUGGAUGCGGCUGUGGGCGCCGUGCUGGAUGUCAUUCGCUACACACCCAGCCUGUCUGCUAACACGUUUGCGUUUCUCACAUCGGACAACGGUGCAAUACCGUCCACUACGAAUAAGGCCACCUCCGGAAAUAAUGGACUGCUGUCUGGACGCAAGGCGCAGACCUGGGAAGGUGGUCUGAGAGAACCAGCCAUAGCAUGGUGGCCAGGUCACAUUGCUCCAAGACAAGUCAUCAUGGACAUGGCUGUCACUACAGAUGUAUUUGCCACAUUUGUCGAGCUAGCUGGUGGAGAGAUACCUUCAGAUCGUGUCAUGGACUCCAUCUCAAUGUCGGCCAUCCUAAACAUCACACACACUGCUGGAAUUCAUCCACCUGACACCAGUGAUAGUCUGGAUGCACGAAAUGUCAGAAAUGUCUCUUUCUUCUACCAAGGCUGUGAGCUGUGGGCAGUACGCCUCGGCCCAUGGAAAGCACAUUUCUUUACAAAUCCCAAACCAAAGUUCCCUCUGCCUGACACGGGAGAUAAUAUGCAAGAAGACGAGACAUAUUCCUUCUCGUUGGCCGACCAAUACGAAACUUUGUCCGUGGGCCGUACUCCGCAUAGUCCACCGCUGCUAUUUAACCUUGAAAAUGACCCAUCCGAAGACUACCCACUAGCUGGAUAUGAUGAUGUCAUCAAGCAAAUAGAAGCAGCUGUUACUGAUCACAAAUCUAAACUGGUUCCUGGCAAAGCUCAACUUCCAUUUCGUGAUCCUUCAACUAGAUUAUGCUGUAGCGAAACGGUUACUCCGCCGUGUUUCUGUAACAAAUAGUCCCCAUCAAUGCAAAUGUCCAUUAUUAUAUAUUACUGCAGAUUGAGUAUUGCUGCAUAAUAGAAUUCCAGUGUUACAGACGUGCAGUCUUUUAUAAGAAACUGGAGACUCAUAUCUCUAUGCAAACAUGUGAGGUGAAAAGUGGUCACACAGUGUCUCUAAUUCAUUCUUUGUGGACUGUCCCAAUUCUCACGUAGAGGGAUAUGAUAGGUUUCAGAUCUGAUGAAGAAUCACACUUCAUCUACAGUAGA